AUGCCUUCGAAUGAGGAAGAACAAAUUCAACUGAAAGGCGAAGAUAUUUCACCAAAUAGAGAUGGCUGUCUACUCAAAGAAAUUGUUCGUCAAGGUGUCGACAAUGAAAAACCAAUGUUCGAUGAUACAGUUUAUAUUCAUUAUAUUGGAACUCUACUUGAUGGAACAGUAUUCGAGAAUACUCGAGAGCGAAAUGAGAAGGUUAGUUUCAAUUUUGAUAGAGGAGAGGUGAUCAAAGCAUGGGAUAUUGGUGUGGCAACCAUGAAGCGUGGAGAAAUUUCACGAUUUACUUCGAAACCCAAAUAUGCUUAUGGUCUAAAAGGAUUGAAUGGCAAAGUCGGAUCCGCCACAACUGUGAUUUUCGAAAUUGAACUGCUUGAUUGUGUAGGUAAAGAUAUUAGCCACGAGCGAGAUCAAAGCAUUAUACGACGGAUAAUAAAAAGAGGUGAAGUAUUUGAGCAGCCAAAAGAAGAUGCUACUGUACAAAUUCAUCUCAAAGGAACGCAUCAAGGUCAAAUAUUUGACGAACGAACAGUCAGUUUCAUUGCUGGAGGAGGUUGUUUACAAAAUAUUCCUCUAGGUGUUGAAUAUGCUGUCUUCAGAAUGAGCAAAGGUGACCAUUGGAAAUUAUAUUUAAAAUCAAAAGGGACGCAGGGUGUGGAAAAGUUUCAUAUUCCACCUGAUUCACCUGUCGAGUACGAAGUUACCAUAAUCGACCUCGAACAGCCCAAAGACGAUAGAUUUUUUAGCGACGAACAAAAACUUCAACAAUCAGAAAUAUUGAAAAAACGUGGAGAUGAAUUCGUUGAAGGUGGUCACUAUGAACUUGCUGUCAAAAAAUACAAAACCAUUUAUUACUAUCUCCUAUCGGCAUCGUUUACAAAUGAUAGUGAUAAAGAACAAUCUCGACAAUUAAAAUUUGAUGCUCAAUCGAAUUUAGCUUUAUGCUAUUUGAAAUUGGCUGAUUAUGAUAAAUGUGAAAGAGCAUGUGACAACGCUUUAAUAUUCGAUCCACAAAAUGAAAUAUGUCUCUUUCGUCGUGGUCAAUGUCACUUGGCAUGGGGUUAUUUUCGUGCAGCUAUUCGUGAUUUUGAAGCUGUUCUCAAAUUGAAUCCAAAAAAUGAUGCUGCAAAACAACAUAUACAAGAAUGUCAACAAAAAAUUCAAGCGGAUGAAGCCAAGAAAAAGGAAUCAUGCAAAUCCAUUUCUGGAACAGAGACUGAGGCAACCGAGACAAGUACGAAAAGGAAUGAAUAA